GCUCAAUUGUGGGAGAAGAGGAGGAGGAGGUCUUUACCACAGCUCACUUUAUUGGUCCACCACAGGCAGAAACAUUCACCCUCUCAAGGUGGCACGCCUCAACUGUUUCACACGCAGGUCCGUUUCAAGAGCCAUCAAUAUCUGGAUGCUUGAAGCCCACAGAGAUCUUUGAAGGAGCAGAUACUAUCUUCAUUAGGAUCAAACGCAAAACAAAAAGACUAAUCCAAUGAAUCUACAUGUGGACUUCAUUGCUUUCUAUUUGCUCAGGUCAGCCAGAUGAACACACACAUAACAGCCCACAAAGCCAAGGUAAGGCAUCUGUGCUUCUUCCUUAUCCUGGGCUUUCAUGUGGUGUAUGCUGGUGUGCCAGGCCCAUGUAAGCACUCUGUCACCCAGGACCAUCUUUUGAAUUUAAGACGUCUGAUGAAGAACCAGUUGCAAAAUGGUUGCUCAAUAACCUACACAUUUACUGAGCAACAGAACCUGAGUGUUGUGUGUUAUGUUAAAGCAGCAUUCCCUCACAUACUGGAGCUACUCAACACCCAGUUCAGAUAUGCUAAGGACUCGGACAAUUACCGUUAUACUAAUUCACUGAAGAACUUGAUCUACAACAUUUACUCCCAGAGAUGCAUCCCUCCAAUCAAUGAGGAGAUUGAGGAUAGCCCAAAGAAGUUCAUAAGAACCCACAUGACUUCGCCCAGGGCAGCUUUGGAGAAAGCUGAGGAAGUGAUUCGCAUGUAUAUGGGUCUGAUGAUUCAGAGCAGCAAGACUGUGGACUGGAACUGCGAGGAGGAGUACACAGAAGAUUACCCAGAAUCCACCACUGAACCUCUCAGCCAAACAGCAGGUGCCUCCGAUUGCCCCUGCAUUUGUCCAGCAAUGAGCAUUAGAUCAACUAAGUCAUCUGCAUCCACAAGCCAUUGGAAUAUUUACCCCAAAUCUACUCAAUCCCCACAAAGAUCAUCCUUUUCAUUUGUGGAAACUUUGAAGGGUGUUAAUGAAAGAACUAAACAAACCAAGUCUGCUGUCCCAGUAACCAAACACCAAACACUAGAUCUACGAACACCUGCCACAUGGAGAUCAACACAAGAACAUUUAUCCAGCUCCCACUUUGGUAGCACUCCAGCUUUUCAUGAAGAAACUUCAAAUUCAGAAAUGGACCAUGUGCCAUCACCAGAUCUUUUCCCGUCAUUUACUAAUGUAUUUCUAAACAGAACUGACUCAAGUGUUGAGACUACCACCUCUGGCCCCUAUCAAAAAAGCACAAGCGAUAACACACAGGACGAUGUGGAGAAGAGCACACCGCUUUUACUUGCCAAGAGGUCUUUAGAUUCCAAAAGCCAAGAAGGACCAUCCAGUUCCUAUGUAAAAUUAUCACAGAACUCAGUUACUACAACAUCUCAACCAGCAUACAAAGAUAUAAAGAGCACAGAGAUAAAAAACAAGCCUUUCCAAAUGCUUCAACCGAGUAAACACAUUGCACCAGUCACAACCACAGUUCUGUCUUCUUUGAAAGCAGCUGCGCAUUCAUCAGAAGGCCUGAGCGCCCUUGUUGAACAGCCAGGUCAUUUACACAGCCCUCCUGAAAAUUUCCAAACACACACCCAAAGUCCGUUGAGGGUGCCAAGGAAUUUCAUGAGAACCAUCCAUGAGGCGAAGCUCAGCAAAGACAGCAGAUCCCAGGAGGAUAGGCAGGAGAUGAAGGACCAAACUCAUCCAGACAGAGGAGCACAGAGGAAUCCUGCCACAGAACAAUCCAGCAGUACAAUCAUCUCUUUUGGCACUGUGCUCAUUAUUACAUUGGGGUGUGGUGGACUUCUGCUCAUAACUGUCCUGUUUUACAGACAACAAAAAUUAAGUGACUCACAAGUCAUUUUUGCUCUGCUGAGAAGACCCACUUAGAAUGGCAUAGGUCAGUGCUGGUCUGGACAGAAACAUGCUGUGCCCGGUAGCCAAAACAUAUGCUUGUUACUAGUUCUGGUGGUCUUUUCAGCAGGGUGUCCCAAGCGAUCUCGUUUAAACAGAAAAAUCAACAUUCUUUGAUGUUUCCAAUAUGAAACACAUUCAUCUUCUCUAUGCACAUUUUGACUUGGCAAACUGAAAUGAAAUGUUGAACGGAAAAUAUCAAUAAUUCUUAAAAAAAAGAGAAGAGAGUUAAUUUUUCUUUCAUAUCAGUUUAAGAUUGUACUCAUAUUCAAACACAAAUAUAUAUAUGAAGUGUAAAUAAAUAAAUGAAUAUAUAUUCUUAUGGAAAUAUACAGGGCAGGUGGAAUUAAGCCACAUUCUAAGUGCCAUUUUUAUGUCAGAAGCAAAUAAUUAUUCUAAUGUUUUGCUUGGCUCAUAUUGUUAAAAGGAAUAUAAUAACAAUAUAUUUUGUUCAGGAUCAAUAAACAAAUGAGUAAAACAGAUGGGUGCUUUGUGGAACGCUUGAGAAGAGUCAACCUGAACAAUGUGUUUGUCUAUUAAUUUACAAUAAAACAAUCUUAUGGUA